AUGUCCAUGACAGUGGAAGAUUUGAUGCAGCAAUGCUUUACCGUUCAUACAGCCGAUCAAUACGAAAAAUUUGUUAAAAAACAUGACAUCCCUUCCGUGAGAGAAGAGAUUCCUGGAGAUGGCUCGGCGUUAUGGUUCGGCUCGCCUUCAGCCAAGAGAGUGAUAGCACACAUGCAUGGUGGUGGACUGGUCCUGUAUGCGUCCACUUUCCAUUUUGGCUUGGCCUACGAAAUGUAUAAAGCUGCGAUUGCAAGUGGCGAUGAUGUUGCGCUUGCUGUCCUUGCUUACGAUACAUGUCCGAGUGCUCCCUAUCCAACUCAGCUACGCCAACUGGUCGCAUUCGUCACUCACCUUAUGCAUGGCCGAGAUUCGAAAGAUAUCCAUUUGUACGGAGACAGUGCUGGUGGAUUACUGAUCCUCUCUCUUCUCCUUCACGCCGUGCAUCCACACCCCAAGAUCCCCCCACUCUCCAUCCCGUCAGGCCAUCGCCUUGGGAGAAUCUUGAUGAUAUCUCCCACCACGCCGAUGGUUACGCCAGCCAUGACUACGAGUAAGAAUCUUGGUCGCGAUUUGGUUGGCGUAGAUGAGGUAGCUCAAAUGUGGAACGUUAUUCAAGGUAAUCAUGACCCUGAUGUUGAGCUCAUCAACCCAUGGUUCGCUCCAUUAUCAGUGCUGCAUGAGGACUGGUUUGAAGCUUUACCGGCGGGGUCGAUCACCAUCGUUUCGGGCGGAUUAGAGAUAUUUGAGGAGGACAUCGCCAAACUUGCUCAAAUAAUCAAGGUGAGAAUCAACAUACCCAUUCAAUUGCUCUAUAUUACCGAGCAUUAG